GGUAACGUGGGCCUGGCCCGGGAGGCUUGGGCGCGCGCAGCCAGCCCCGGCCACGCCAGGGACCGAGGGACUCAGGCAGGGGCGGCCGCCGGCGGGACGGGAGGCUGGGCGAGGGGCCUCCGCCCGCUCACCAUGGUCGAGGGACGCUUCUCCAAGUUUCUGAAGAAACUCGCCUUCUCGGGCGGGGGCCACCAGUACCAGUUGCUGGAGAGGGGCGAGUUGGAAACCUUGAUUGACGGACAAAAUGAGUUGAAAGCCAUCGAGAAAGAGAAGACGGUGGUCGCUCUGCCCGCCAAGGAAGCAAGCAAAUGCCACAGAGAGGAUCUGGCCAAAGCAUUUUAUGUGGAUUUACAGAACGGACUGUCAGAGUUCUCGGUGACACAGCGCAGGCUGGUCCAUGGCUGGAAUGAGUUUGUCGCUGAUAACACAGAACCCGUGUGGAAGAAAUAUCUCGAUCAGUUUAAGAACCCCCUGAUCCUACUGCUUCUGGCCUCUGCCUUGGUGAGCGUCCUCACGAAGGAGUACGAGGAUGCCAUCAGCAUCGCCAUGGCCGUGCUAAUGGUGGUCACCGUCGCCUUCAUCCAGGAGUACAGGUCAGAGAAAUCUCUGGAAGAGCUGACCAAGCUGGUGCCUCCCGAAUGUAACUGCAUAAGAGAAGGAAAACUCCAUCACCUUCUUGCUCGAGACCUGGUGCCUGGAGACAUCGUGUCUCUCUCUAUCGGAGACCGGAUCCCUGCAGACAUCCGUCUCACAGAGGUCACAGACCUCCUGGUGGACGAGUCCAGUUUCACGGGAGAAGCCGAGCCAAGCAGCAAGACGGACACCCCGCUGACGGGUGGGGGCGAUCUCACCACCCUGAGCAACAUCGUCUUCAUGGGGACCCUGGUGCAGUACGGGAAGGGACAGGGCGUCGUGAUCGGAACAGGAGAAAGAUCCCAGUUCGGAGAAGUGUUUAAGAUGAUGCAGGCUGAAGAGACGCCCAAAACUCCUCUACAAAAAAGCAUGGACAAACUGGGGAAGCAAUUGACACUUUUCUCAUUCGGCAUAAUUGGCCUGAUCAUGUUCACGGGCUGGCUGCAAGGGAAGCAUCUCCUCAGCAUGUUCACCAUCGGGGUCAGCCUGGCUGUGGCCGCCAUUCCCGAGGGUCUGCCCAUCGUCGUCACAGUGACGCUGGUCCUGGGAGUGCUGCGGAUGGCCAGGAAGCGGGUCAUUGUGAAGAAGCUGCCGAUCGUGGAGACUUUAGGUUGCUGCAAUGUCAUCUGUUCUGAUAAGACGGGGACUCUGACUGCCAAUGAAAUGACUGUCACCCAACUUGUGACGUCGGACGGGCUCCACGCUGAGGUCAGCGGAGUUGGCUACAACGGCCAAGGGACUGUCUGUCUUUUACCCUCAAAGGAAGUCAUUAAGCAGUUUUCCAACAUCUCAGUGGGGAAGUUAGUGGAGGCAGGCUGUGUCGCCAACAACGCCACCAUCAGAAAGAACGCCAUGAUGGGGCAGCCCACGGAGGGCGCCUUGGUGGCCCUGGCAAUGAAGAUGGGCUUAAGUGAUAUUAAAGAUUCAUACAUGCGAAAAAAAGAGAUUCCAUUCAGUUCGGAACAGAAGUGGAUGGCGGUUCAAUGCAGCUCCAGGAAUGAGGAGCAGGAAGACAUCUACUUCAUGAAGGGGGCCUUCGAGGAAGUGAUUCGUUACUGUACCAUGUACAACCAUGGGGGUAUCCCCCUGCCGCUGACGCCCCAGCAGCGAGCCUUCUGUCAGCAGGAGGAGAAGAGGAUGGGGUCGCUUGGCCUGCGGGUGCUGGCCCUGGCUUCUGGGCCUGAGCUGGGGGAGCUGACGUUCCUGGGUCUCAUCGGAAUCAUCGACCCUCCGAGGGCUGGCGUGGAGGAAGCGGUCCACGUUCUCUCUGAUUCGGGCUUGUCCGUGAAAAUGAUAACGGGAGAUGCUCUGGAGACGGCCUUGGCGAUAGGAAGAAACAUCGGCCUGUGCAACGGGAAGCUGAGCGCCAUGUCCGGGGAAGAGGUGGAAAGCGCCGAGCAGGGCGAGCUGGCCGAGCGCGUCGGGAAGGUGUCUGUCUUCUUCAGGACCAGCCCAAAGCACAAACUCAAAAUCAUCAAGGCUUUGCAGGAGUCGGGGGCGAUCGUGGCCAUGACGGGGGACGGGGUGAACGACGCGGUCGCCCUGAAGUCGGCGGACAUCGGGAUUGCCAUGGGGCGGACAGGGACGGACGUCAGCAAGGAGGCCGCCAACAUGAUCCUGGUGGACGACGACUUCUCAGCCAUCAUGAAUGCGGUGGAGGAAGGCAAGGGGAUUUUUCAUAACAUCAAGAACUUUGUGCGAUUUCAGCUGAGCACGAGCAUCUCGGCCUUGAGCCUCAUCACUCUGUCCACCGUGUGCAACCUGCCCAGCCCCCUCAAUGCCAUGCAGAUCCUGUGGAUCAACAUCAUCAUGGAUGGGCCGCCGGCGCAGAGCUUGGGGGUAGAGCCGGUCGACAGGGACACCCUCAGGCAGCCGCCACGGAACGUCAAGGACGUGAUACUCGGCAGAGCCCUCAUCCUGAAGAUCCUCCUGUCGGCCGCCACCAUCAUCAGCGGGACCCUCUUCAUCUUCUGGAAAGAGAUGCCCGAAGACAAGGCAAGCACCCCGCGUACCACAACCAUGACCUUCACCUGUUUCGUGCUCUUCGACCUCUUCAACGCCUUGACCUGCCGCUCCCAGACCAAGCUGAUAUCCGAGAUCGGCUUCCUCAGGAACCGCACGUUCCUCUACUCUGUGCUCGGGUCUGUCCUGGGGCAGCUAGCGGUGAUAUACCUGCCGCCCCUGCAGAAGGUCUUCCAGACGGAGAACCUGGGGGCGCUCGGUGAGUGGGAGGGGUCACCCGGGACCGCAGCCGUCCUCGCCGCAUGCACGGGGCAGCUGCAGACCUUUCUGGGGCGUGAAGUCCCCGCAUGGGGCCUUCCUGUCCCCAAAGGACUGGGCUCUUUCCUGGACAUCUGCACUGGGUAGGAGGGGGCGACGUGAUGGGGGGAGUGGAGAAGGCGGGAAACACGGGGGUACCUGCUAGGAGUCAAGGGAGGGCACAGGGGUCUCAACGUCCCGGCCCACCCCCUCCCCGCCCCACAGCAGGAGGCUCAGAGCAGGGACGGUGAGGCCCAGGGGCAGCACCAGGAUGGACCACAGUCUGGGCUCAGCCUGUGAUGUGCCGCCCCAGCUUAGGAGUGAGUUUACCCCGUUGGGGGUUUUAACAGGGCCUGUGUCACUGGGACCCACUUACCUGGA